AUGGCAGUCAAAUCUACUAAGCUCUCUGAUUCAGAAUCCAUUCAGCAUGAGGCAGGUAUUCUCUCUGAUUUUAUAGGUUCCCCUUUUGUGAUUCAGUACUUAGGUGAAGAAAUCACAACCAUUGAUGACACAAGUGAAGAAAUAUUCAACUUGGCUUUGGGAUUUGCUGCUGGAGGGACCCUCGAUGGCCUGAUUCAGAGCUAUAGAGGUCAUGGGCUGCCUGAGUCUGAUGUGAGAAGCUACACAAGGUGCAUACUUGAAGGGCUUGUACAUAUUCACAAUUGUGAUUAUGUUCACUGUGAUUUGAAGCCGGAGAACAUCCUUCUUUUUCCUAGUGAUACGAGCACCAGUGGUAGUUCUAGUUUUGUGGCCAAGAUUGCUGAUUUCGGAUUGACUAAGAGCACCAAAGACGAUAUGGAUGGAUGGAGAGGCACUCCUAGGUAUACAGACCCAGAUGCUUUGAUUGAUAAUGUGCAGAAGCAGUGCUCUGAUAUUUGGUCUCUUGGUGCUAUUGUGCUUGAGAUGUUAACAGGCAAGCCCCCCUGGGAUGUGGAGCCUGAUUCGACUCUUGAUGAUUUCCUCGACAUGGUUGCUGGGGAAAUAACUCCCAAAAUCCCUACUGAAAUCUCUGGUUUGGCAAGGGAUUUUCUUAUGAAGUGUCUUGCAGUCAACUCAUGGGAAAGGUUUACUGCUCAAAAGCUCCUACUUCAUCAAUUUGUACAGGAGCCACAACUAUCUGAACCAAGUCAUGCCAAGGUGAAGGUGCUUAGCUCAUCUUUGGGCUCCAAAGAUGGUGCCUCUUGCUUCAAACCAAUUGAAGAUUCCCGCACAACCUCUGCCCCUGUUCCCAGAAUUCCGCCCCCACCGGGGUUUGAGAUACCAGCUGGACUAUAG